AAUAGUCCUCUCCGUUUCUACUUUCUAGUUCAUCAACUGAAGAAAUAAAAAACUUAGCCCGUCUAUAUAGAGGUAGAAUUCAGCUCACUUUUAGAGAAGAGAAAAAAAAAAAGAAAAAAGAUGGCCCAAUUGAGAAACGGAAGUGGGGAGAAUAAACAUAAAGAUGAGUUUCAUGUAAUUCACAAAAUUCCCACUGGUGAUAGUCCUUAUGUUAGAGCUAAACAUGUUCAGUUAGUAGAAAAGGAUCCAGAAGCAGCCAUUGUAUUGUUUUGGAAGGCGAUAAAUGCGGGUGAUAAAGUUGACAGUGCACUAAAGGACAUGGCUGUGGUGAUGAAGCAACAAGAUAGAGCUGAGGAAGCCAUUGAGGCGAUCAAGUCCUUUAGAGACCGUUGCUCUAAACAAGGCCAAGAAUCCCUAGACAAUGUUCUCAUUGACUUAUACAAGAAAUGCGGGAUGAUAGAUGAGCAAAUAGAAUUGUUGAAGCAGAAGCUGAGGAUGAUAUACCAAGGGGAGGUUUUCAAUGGGAAGCCGACAAAGACAGCACGCUCCCAUGGGAAGAAAUUUCAAGUGUCAAUCAAGCAAGAGACUUCCAGGAUAUUGGGUAAUCUAGGAUGGGCAUAUAUGCAACAACCUAACUAUAUAGCUGCUGAGGUGGUAUAUAAGAAGGCACAAAUGAUAGACCCUGAUUGGAAUAAGGCGUGCAACUUGAGUCUCUGCCUAAUAAAGCUAGGUCGGCUUGAUGAGGCCCGGUCUAUUCUCCAAGAUGUGUUAGAUGGGAGGAUCAUAAAUGCAACAGCAUCCUCCUUAUCAUCAUCAUCAUUGUCAGAAGACACCAAGCCUAAGAACCGAGCAGAAGAGAUGCUUCACCAACUUGAUCAACUCAAUCAAUAUUAUAAAUCCGAGGAGCAAUUCUCUUUGUUUUCCUCGACCACCUCACCAUCAGCGGCGCCAAAACCAUCUUUUGAAGAAACGGUGGUGGAAACGUUGGACAAACUGAUGGUGAAUAAUAAUUACGAGUGGGUCCCAUCUUUUAGAUCAUCAAGACGAUUACCCAUCUUUGAAGAGAUCUCUCAGCUACGAGAUCAGUUGGCUUGUAAUUAGUAGCAGUUCCUAGCUAGGUGGUCCACUUGUUCUUUGGGGGUUUUGAGUUAUGUUGAUUUUUUUGUGGGAAAUGCUUUGAAUAAGGUCAAAUUAUUUUGGUGGGUGGUAAAGGGGAUCCAUGAAUAACAAGCAAGUGGUGGGAUUAAAGAAAUAAAAUAAAAUAAAUGUUGCAGUGGAUUAUGGAGAAGAAAAUAAAAAGACAGAGAAGGAGAAGGAUUUCUUAUUGAUAUGACUAACCCCAUUACAUAUCUAUAGUGAAAAUAACCCUUUUGUUCC